AUGUUUACUAUAUUGACAUUUUUUACAAACGAUAAUGAAGAAGAUCGAACUACAUGGGAUCUUAUGACUAAUAGUGACACUCUAUUAUGCAGCAGGCGCUCAAGAAUCUAUUUACAUGUCACGAAUGAACACUGUUACUUAGAGGAAUUGCAGAUACUGAAAUUAACGUGCAUAAUUCCCAAAUCUUAUCCGAAGAUCCUGUGUAAUUUUGUUGACACUAGAUUGAAAGUUAAAAAGAGAGCAAAAGUUGAUCACGUAUAUUCAAAAGUUCCUGGUCACCCUUACUACUUGGUUUCCAAAUGUUCAAUCGCUUUAAAUAUCUCGUUAAGAAUGUUUCGUUAUAAGGUCCACAUUUAUCCAGAUAUAAAAGGGAUUUUUAAAUCCGAUAUGAAAUAUGGAGCUAUCAAAAACAUUGCUAUCAAAAUUGAACGACCCAAAGCGAACUUUUCGUGUGAAAACUUUGUGAAUGAGAAUGAAAUGUUAAGCUGCUCUUGUGUAAAAUAUGACACUAGUAACUUGACAACAAAGUUACUAUGGUUUUACGAAAACAAAACGUUUUCAAUCGGAAAUAAUACUGCAACUUUGAAGCUAAAAGCGCAAAAAAAUAUCACAAGUUUUAUGUGUGUUGGUUCAAAUGUACUUGGAUGGAAAAGUGAGAUUAUACAAUACAACAUUUCUGUUUUACCUUUGGUUGACUUAAAAACGUUUAAAUGUCCACAUGAAGGUCAACAUAUCUGUGGCUAUCAUGGAUUGUGCUAUUAUAACUACCAGUUUUGCACAAAAGAUAACAAAGUGGAAUCAUGUUUUCCGUCAAAAAUUGAUGAGAUAGAAUUCUGCAGAAGUCAAGAUUCAAGGGAGGUCUUGUUGAAAAAAAAUCCACUUUGUGAACACGCAUGUGUGUCAAUAUUUGGUAUUCCAAAAGUAGAAGAAACGUCGGAACUUAAUCCCCUUUUUGUAAUCGUAAUAACAUUAGCCGUACCAGUAUUUCUAAUGAUUGGACUGUUUUUUGCUAUCCUUUUAUUCUGAAAUCACGAAGCUGAGAUGUGUUAUGAUGAUGAUCUUAUUAGAUGUGUUGCUGAUUGCAAAAAGAAUCCAGGUCAUAAACGCUUUAUACCUCUUGAAGAUUUCAACUUCUAUUGUCUUCCCUUACGUUUCCAUAACGAUCUCAUGUCAGACACAAUCAAAACAUUGGCAGCCCUAACUGUCCAGGUAAAGACUAAAUUCACCAGUCUAGAGAGACCAAAGUUUUACCCAGGCACUCAAGUUUCAUAUCCAUGUUAUAAGGACAGAGGAAGUCACGUGAUGAGGUUAGGGACGGGGAAGGUAUGUUGAGUGCACAUGCAGAAAGGGAGUGGGGGAACUUGUAAUUUUGAAAAAUCCGAAUUCUCUGCCACGCCCAGCAAAGUGUUGGGUGAGAUUUACGUGUUGACAGCCAGAUACGUGGUGUUUGACGACAGUGAGGCGAGACAGACCAGCUGUGUUUUAGAUAUGGAUCCAAAAAAAGGUCCAGUUCUCACACUUGAUAGCUGGGAGAUCGUUUCAAAAGAAGACAUUGAGAAAGACUGGUGUAGGUUGAAAUAUGUGACACGCGAUUUAAAUUUGGUUCAUAAGCUUGAUAAAUUGUGUUUCCGAUUUACAAAGCUAUGUAAAGAGGUAAAUACUAAAUAUAACAAAUUCGGUGAUUUGGAAAAGUUCACCGUUAUAGUGUCUCAUCCUCAUGGCCUCCCUAAACAAGUUUCUGUAGGCGAAUGGACACACAAACGUAAGAGGGAACAAUACACCAGGUACUGGUAUACAACAUUACAUGUAAUGGCUCAGGCGGAGCGCCUGUCUACAUGCUGGGAAAUGACGGGAUACAUAGGUAUGAGUCUCCUCACAGUGGAUCAGACGCUCAAGGAAAUGAUAGUGGUGAAUAUUUCGUCUUAGUAUAACUGUCAGUUUUUUUUUUCA